AUGCCGUACUUUCAGCUUACACCUCACCAAAAGCGCGGCUGCGUCGUCGUAGAGACUCUUCUGUGCGGUUAUAAGGGAAACGUACGCGUCACGUUUGACCGGAAUAAUGGGCGCCUGCUGAUUGAAGGCAACGAUGGAUCGCAACAUCUGGAAUUUGUACCGACUGUACGCCUGAGGAAAUCGGACGCCGAGAUUCCUUUCAAAACAACCACAUAUAUAGUCGAACUGUCACUCGAGCAUGCAAAAUACAGCUGCAGCAAUACGUCUGUUAGGUGUCAUCAAACAUUUGCUUCUGUAAAAAGCCCAAACCCGCACCUGCCUGAUGUAACACAGGGCAACACAUCAGACCAUCAGCGUACAAUAUCGCCGGAUUUCUCAGUAAGCAGCCUGCCACGAGGUCGUACCGGCUGCAAUAUUCUGAGCUGCGGCAUUCCGCCUGGGUUAAAAGACUGUAGCGGGCAACCCACUUGGGUUGCGAACUUUCUGGGCGGAACGUUCGAGGGCCAUUCCGAGGUCCCGUGCGAAAAAUCAUUCACUGUUGCGAUACGUGAUCUGCACAUAUCGAGUCACUCUCUACAAGACAUUGCAGUUCACACCCGCGACGGGCUGUGUUUCCUAACCUGGAGCAUAGUUGUGUACACCCCAAACCUUCCGCAUCUGGACCUGCGCAUCGCGACCUUGCGUGAAACUGAGAGCAAUGUCGGUCUGAAAAAGUACCGCCUGCUGGUGUUACGUUGCAAAAGGUGCAAGCAUAUACUGGAGAGCGUGGAGGACGCAACCAUUGUGCCGCUCCCAACGGAAUUUUUCAGCAGCAUAACUGGAUCCACAUUCUGCGAGGAGUGUGAACCGCAAUUGUUAUCUAGAGUCCCAUCGCUGGCAAGAGUGGGACAUAUCAUUUAUCAGGGAGAGGACGUGAUAACACUUUACCGGCCCUCAGCAGUUGCAUUAAAGGAAAGAGCAGCUUUAUGCGCGCAGUGUGGAUAUAAGGUUGGCCUAUACUCGGACUGUGAUCACCAAUUCGUCAGCUACAGUAAGCGUUCCAUCAGCGCAUCUGCUGACGAUAGACCAGAGGAUAUUUUCUGGCGUCACACAGAGGAGCGUGCAGCCAUAGAAGCGUUGCAAUACAAUAACGGAGUUAAAUUAUUCAUAGCAGGCUCAGUUGAGGCUCCAGCGCAGAUAUCAGCGAACUGUUCUGUUGCAGCCGUAAAAGAAGAGCUUACAAACGGCAGCUGUUGCAUUGAGCUUAUCAAAGUUACAUCGCAGCCCGACGCAUUCGUAGCCACUAGUGAUACGGUCAUAGACGCAUCGCGUGUGUUGUGGCGGCUUGUCAAAAAACCCGAAAGAGCCUCACCAAUCAUAUGGUCGCAAGACUUGUAUGACCACCUCGUGGACGUGUUGAGGUACUUCUCACAGCCAACGGAUCCUGUUACGGGUUUCACACCAUCACUACUAGUUGCCAUCUGA